GUGAAUGAGAGACGAUACGUGUUGCAGAGGACAGACCUAUACAGUGGAGAACAACUUGGAUUUAGCAAAAAGACAGCUCCACAGAGAAAAUGAAUAGGACAGGUACGUUCUAAGUAACAUGUAGGUUGCUUUUUUACCCCUCAUCAUGAAUGUGGCAUCUCCUACCAAUUUCUACUCCUGAGCUUAAGAGGUCUCCAACAUGCCAUGCUGAGUGAUUUGUGAAUGAAUAAGUUAGCCAUGCAACCAAAUGACAGUGCGCAGACCCUGGUACCAGAGGUGUGUGAGCAAGUACUGGAGGAUAAUGCAGGACUGGGUUAUGGUGGCUCUACUGGCAACCUGUCGCUGCGCUGCUGGCUACACUUCUUAAGCAAGGAAUCUAUACUAGAGCUACAGGGAGAUGGUUCCAGCAUCACAGUGCGUGUAAUGAUAGCUCUGGUGUACUCUGUCGUGUGUGCACUGGGGCUAGUGGGGAACUCUCUGGCACUCUACCUGCUUCACUCACGCCACAGUCAGACGCAGUCCUCAAUCAACUGCUUUGUAAUGGGCUUGGCUCUCACCGACCUGCAGUUUGUUCUCACGCUCCCCUUUUGGGCUAUUGACACGGCUCUGGACUUCCGCUGGCCCUUCGGCAAAGUAAUGUGUAAGAUCAUCAGCUCCGUGACCAUCAUGAACAUGUACGCCAGCGUCUUCUUCCUGACUGCCAUGAGUGUGGCGCGAUACUACGCAGUGACCUCAGCCCUCAAGAUGCACAGCAGGCGGACGGCGGCAGCCAGCGCCAAGUGGAUCAGCCUGGGCAUCUGGGUAGUGUCGCUGCUAGCCACCCUGCCCCACGCCAUCUACUCCACCAGUGCCCAGCUAUACGACGAGGAACUGUGUUUGGUGCGAUUCCCUGAGUCAGGCAGCUGGGACCCUCAGCUGCUCCUGGGGCUGUACCAGCUACAGAAAGUACUGCUGGGCUUUGUUAUUCCCUUGGUGGUCAUCACUGUGUGCUAUCUGCUGCUGCUGCGCUUUGUGCUGAGCCAACGCAUUAGUGGAGCGGCCAGCUCAGAGGGCUCGGAAGGCCGCCACAAGCGCCGGUCCAAAGUAACCAAGUCGGUGGCCAUCGUGGUUCUGUCCUUUUUCUUGUGCUGGCUGCCCAACCAGGCGCUGACGCUGUGGGGCGCGCUGAUUAAGUUUGACCUGGUGCACUUCAGCAACGCAUAUUACAACGUCCAGAACUACACCUUCCCGCUGACUGUGUGUCUGGCUCACACCAACAGCUGCCUCAACCCUGUGCUCUACUGCAUAAUCCGCCCUGAGUACCGCGCGGGCCUCAAAGAGCUGCUGCACGCCACACCCUCCUUCAGGAGCCUGGCCAACCUGCUACCCCGCAAGGCCAAGGUGGCAGAGGCUCCCCCUGUCAUGACGCUGGUCCAGAUGGAUGUCUAAAGGUGGGCGUCUCAGCGUCUCUAGUAGACAAUGGGCAACAACAAGGAAUGCACUCAGCUCUCCAAAAUACCAGUUUCAUGGAAUUUGAUUGUUGUAGUUGAUGGAGCAGCAUCACAAGGCAAGCCCAUUGGGAUGUGUGCGGUGGAAAUUAAAUAAUAAUGAAAUACUAUACUGUUUAAUUAGUCAUACUAUGCUGUUUAACUUGGAGAAUUGUCUGUUGUUAUAUGUUAGUAUUUUGCUGAUACAGGUUCGUCUUGUGUGACAUAGUCAUGGGUCAGGGCCUACAGAUAAGAGCCAUUUGGGUGUGACUGUAGUAUGUGGCAUCCUGUUUUAACAAUCUACAGGAACUUAGAUGUGUGGAAACAUGCAGGAAGGAACGGUCAAUGGUGGCAACGUAAGCUAUCUUAAUCUGCACAGAUAAACUAAAUCAGCUUUUACACACCAUGUUCCGUCCCUGUUUCCACCGAUCUGCUAAACUUGCCACGUCGACAAAAUAGGUUGUUCUUUUUCUAUAAGAGGAGAGAGACAACUCUUUUCGUUGAGCUUUCCUAACGUUGCACUGUUGAGUGGUUGUUAUUGAUUGCUUCAUUUUUGCAAAUCUUAUAAAUAGUUGUUUUGAAGAAUACAGUCUCUCCCUUUGGUUAGAAAUACCACGACAUGUGCCCCAGUUUUCUCCCCCUACACAGAUUCUCUUUGCCAGAUGUGUUUCUCCCCUCUCUCCUGCUGCUUCUCUGCUAGCUAGAGAUACAUUUAGCAAGCUAACGUUAGAUAGCUAUCAUGAUGGUAGCUCGGCUGCAUAAGGUUACAUAACAUUCAGAUAUGUCGCGGGGCAAUCAUUGAACUUUAUUUCCCGAACUCACAUCUUCUUUGUCACUAGAAGCCAACUCCUCGAACAUACACUAUAUAAACAAAAGUAUGUGGACACCCCGUCAAAUUAAUGGAUUUGGCUAUUUCAGCCACAACCGUUGCUGACAGGUGUAUAAAAUCGAGCACACAGCCAUGCAAUCUCCAUAGACAAACACUGGCAGUAGAAUGGCCUUACUGAAGAGCUCAGAGAUUUUCAAUGUGGCACCAUCAUAGGAUGCCACCUUUCCAACAAAAGGUCAAAUGUAUGCCCUGCUAAAGCUGCCCCGGUCAACUGUAAGUGCUGUUAUUGUGAAGGGUAAAAGUCUAAGAGCAACAACAGCUCAGCCGGAAAGUGGUAGGCCACGCAAGCUCACAGAACAUAACCGUUGAGUGCUGAAGCGCGUAGCGCAUAAAAAUCAUCUGUCCUCGGUUGCAACACUCACUACCGAUUUCCAAACUAUUUCUGGAAGCAACGUCAGCACAAUAACUGUUUGUUGGGAGCUUCAUGAAAUGGGUUUCCAUGGCCGAGCAGCCUCACACAAGCCUAAGAUCACCAUGCUGAACGCCAAGUGUCGACUGGAGUGGUGUAAAGCUCACCACCAUUGGACUCUGGGGCAGUAGAAACACAUUCUCUGGAUUGAUGAAUCAUGCUUCACCAUCUGGCAGUCCGACGGACCAAUCUGGGUUUGGCGGAUGCCAGGAGAAUGCUACCUGCCCAAUGCAUAUUGCCAACUGUAAAGUUUGGGGGAAGAGGAAUAAUGGUCUGGGGCUGUUUUUCAUGGUUUGGGCUAGGCCCCUUAGUUUCAGUGAAGGGAAAUCUUAACGCUACAGUAUACAAUGACAUUCUAGACAUUUGUGUGCUUCAAACAUUUUGAGGAAGGCACUUUACUGUUUCAGCAUGACAAUUCCCCUGUUCACAAAGUGAGGUCCGUACAGAAAUGGUUUGUUGAGAUCGUUGUGGAAGAACUUGACAGACCUGCACAGAGCCCUGACCUCAACCCCAUCAAACACCUUUGGGAUUAAUUGGAAUGCAGACUGCGAGCCAGACCUAAUCGCCCAACAUCAGUGCUGACCUCAUUAUUGCUCGUGGCUGAAUGGAAGCAAGUCCCCACAGCAAUGUUCCAACAUCUAGUGGAAAGCCUUCCAGAUGAGUGGAGGCUGUUAUAGCAGCAAAGGGGGGACCAACUCCAUAUUAAUGCCCAUGAUUUUGGAAUGAGUUGUUCAUCGAGCAGGUCCACAUACUUUUGGUCAUGUAGUGUAUAUGGUUGGAUUUGUUGGAAUUCUCUCUCCAGAUCUUCCUAUAGGGAAGCAAAUCUUCCUUGCGAUGUAGUUAGACACAAAGCUGCUCUCGCUGUCAGAGACGUCUGUGUAGCCCAUUGUUCAAACGGUGAUGUGUGUGUGUUUUUGACCGAGCUAGUAUAAGCCAGCAUAGUACAUGCCCACUUAUGCAACAUAAUGCCUGCCCUUCGACCUUACGCCUGCGAAAGUUCAAGUAAAUCACAUGAUAAAUGAGGUGAAAAGGAGACUGGAGGCCGUCUUUAAUAACUUGUGCUGCCUUCUCAUAAUUUAUCAUAAAUAUGUAACACGUAGCACUCAUGUGAGGGAGCUGUACUGCUUCACUCUCCACUUUGUACCUGCGAGAUAAAUACAGAUCGUCAAUCCCCCAUGAUCUCCAUUAUGGAGGAAAUAAAUUAUCAAUUUGUUUUCACUCAUUUGAAUCAGUGAACUUACUCUCUAUAGAAAAUACUUUUAGCAGCUUAUUCUAUUCAUGAGAUGUUGAAUUGAUGAGAGACUGUUCGUAGGAUGCAGGAGUUAAUUCAGAUAGCACACUAACAUGAUGUCUGUGUAGGGUGUUAUUGUCAUGCAAUUCAAUACCUUGUUAUUAUUAAAAUUGGUCAUGUCCUCCUGUGCUAUAACUGUCCUUGGUGGGUAGAUCUUUUAAUUCAUCAAAUAAAACAAACUAAAUUAUGGCCUCAUUGUAUAUUGUUUUUAUUCCAUUUAUGUGGUGAACUGUUAUUACCAGAGCCUUAUACACAUGUAUGUAUAUAUAUGGCACUGUUUAUUACUCAUAAGAUAACCACUGAUGAAGGGAAAAAGAGGAGGUAUUCAUGAAAUUACCUCUUUGCUUUGGGGUCAGGUCAGGUGUUGAAUAGAAGCCCAUAAAGCCAUUUCUUCAAGCUUUCUGGAAAAAUGUCUCGCUUUGUUAUGUGUGCAAGCAACAGAUUAGUAGUUGGAGUAUUGUUUUACUCCAAUGGACAUAGAAACAUUUAGUGUGGUGGGAACAUACUGUAUAUGUGAUUGAGGUAAGGAAUGUACCAGAGGAACAUACCAGAAAGCAAGUGGUAGGUCAUUGCCUUGCACCACAUAAGCUGAUCAUAAAAGGAAAACAUUUCUCCAAAGUGUUAACUACAGUUGUAUGCAAGGUCAGGGUCUCUUUGUUUGUGCACUAGAAUGUAAGAAAACAAUUAUAUUUGAAGGAAUGGAGAAAUUGCAUUGCAACAAAAAUACAACCUUGCUUUCAUUGUUACGGACAGAGAGCUGCUCUCUCCCUCUCUCUCUCUCUCUCUCUCUCUCUCUCUCUCUCUCUCUCUCUCUCUCUCUCUCUCUCUCUCUCUCUCUCUCUCUCUCUCUCUCUCUCUCUCUCUCUCUCUCUCUCUCUCUAAAGCACACAGAGGCACACACACACACAGGCAUGCACCCAGACUGAGUCACUGCUUGCUUUAAGAGAUACAAAGUGAAUGUCUUAUUGGAUAUCAUCCUCCUACCCAUUCAUACAUCUGUAUUCAGAAAUCAGUUUGAAGGAAAUAUAUUCAAAUAUUGAAAUAGUCUACAUUUUCAAUGGGAUGUGAAUAAAAAAAACACAAGACUGUGAAAUCAUGUACUGUAAAGAUUAUACUGCAAAAGCUCUACAGUAUUACUACUGUGAUUCAUCAUUCUCUGUAAUUUUGUUGCCUUGGUAUAUCGUCAUA